CAAGGAAGUUAGUAAUUGACCUAUUUUAUACCUAUAGAUUAAAAAGAAAUAUGUAAAUGAAAGAUAUUUCUUAUAGCGUCAGUUCUGGUGCUAACCAAUGCCUGUGAAGAUGCAUGCACAAAUUUUGAGUGUUCUGAAACAAUGACUUGCAGAAUUAUGUUAAAACAAGAGAAAUGUAUCGAACCACCCUGUCCAGAAGGAAUUGUUUAUCCAGUUUGUGUCAAAGUUAAAGAUAAAGAUGCAGAAAACAAUCCUUGUGAAUAUGGUUCCCCAUUCCUAGAUGAGAAGAGAAAACCCAUCAAUUGUUCGCAAGUAGAUAAAACAUGUCCUCACGGUUCUGUUUGCGAACAAGAUCCUGAAAUUGGCUGGUCACUCUGUUGCUCUAGAUGCUACAACCCAGGAUCCUGUGUUGAAGUAGAGGAGAAACCAGACCGUCCAGAGCUCUGUAAAGAAGAUUGUGUAUUAGAUGGUGAUUGCGGAGCAAUCAAAAAAUGUUGCUUCAAUGGCUGUGGUCAAGUCUGCACAGAUCCAAUAUUGUAGAACAGAAAAAUAAAAAGAAAACUUGAUUCUUUUCCAUAAUGUUUAUUUUUUUCUUAGAUCUUUUCAGAAAGAUGUGUAUCCACAUCAAUUGUCCUCUUCCAUUCAAAUAAUACCACAAAAUAUUGUCAUUUCUUAAUUGUAACUCAACUAUUUACUGUGUCUUAUAUCCAUACAUAUGAAUUCAUAAUUCUCAAAUCCUUUACAGUGGCAUUAUCAUUUAUUGGUCCUCAAAAAAGUGAAAGACCUGCUACAGAUUUUAUCCAUUUAAGUUGGACAAACUCAAUACAGAAUCUUCACCUUCCGUCUGUAACCAAAUGAUACAAAGAGUCAAGAGUCUAGGCAUCUUGAGCUAUGAGAUUUCUGGCUGAUUGGAAUGCUGCUAUCAUUGAAGACAUUUGUAUCUUUUC